GUAAUCUGUGGACCCAUCUGCUGUGACAGUCACCCACCCUACAUCCACCUUACACAAAUAUGUCACCUCUUUGUUAGACUCUGUAACCCAGCACAAGAGAAGACCAUGCUGCUGUCUCCUCAGGCAGAGAGGAACUGGGAGGGUCUCUGUGAGGUGCUUGAAGAUGUGCUGGAGGACCAGUCUCACAAGCAGCUGUUUGCCUUAGAGAUUGGCUCUGGAACGGGACAGCAUGUCAUAAGGUUUGCACAGAAGUUACCAUUUGUUACUUGGCAGCCAUCGGACAUCAAAGAGGAGUGCCGAGACAGCAUAAAGGCAUAUAUAGCUGCCACCAAUGUGAAAACUGUGCUGCAGCCUGUCCUGCUGGAUGCCAGUGAACCUUGGGACAAAUGGGCAGGUGUUUCACAUAACUCCUGUGAUGUUAUUAUCGCCAUUAACCUGCUGCAGUACAGCUCUUUCAAAACAGCACAAGGUGUUUUUAGUGGAGCAGGGCAGAUCCUCAAACCAAAUGGCCUUCUAAUGACAUACGGGAUGUAUGCUGUUAAUGGCAUCAUUACACCAAGCUGUAAUGAAGUUGUGGAUGAAGAACUAAAGAAACUGAAUCCAGAGUGGGGUCUUCCAGACCUUGAUGUGCUGAGACAGCAGGCCUAUGGAAACGGGCUGCGUUUGGAGAGAAUGAUUGAGAUGGAAGACUACUACAAAUGCCUCCUCUUUCGGAAACUCGGAAGGUUAUCCCUGUAAAGUGUGCACUACAGGAGAGUACUGGUUACAACAAGAAGGCCAUUAUUCACCAAAUCAACAGGUCAACAGGACAACCAUCAAAAAAAUCCCCAUCAUGUACCUUUUUCUUACAAACUUUAGACAGAAUAUUAAAAUUGAAAGUUAAUCUUUUAGAUAAAUUUGGUAAUUUGGUUAAGAAGCAGGAUUAAAAUGUUACAACUAUGAGAGAAUUUUAUGGAAUUGAUUUAGUUUGGUUGGACACAUAAUGUCCCAGUUUAUGCUGUUUUCUGUUGACAUCUUAAAUCAUUAUUCUCUCGUUUUUUUUUUCCUGUUUCCUCAUUUUAAAUAUUGCAAAAACAUGGUAGUUGUUUUUGUAUUGUUAAAUGUAUUAUUAUUAAUAAUGCAUUUAAAUUAUUAAAUGCAUUUGUUCAUGUCAGUAAAUCUGUGGAUUGAGCCCUUACUAUACACAUUUCUUUGAUUUACAGAUAUUUUCAAUGAAAAUUGUGCAAAUUAUCAAUCCAGGUGGGAAAUAAAACAAAGUUGAAACAUGUAGACAGUAAGAACCUGAUGUUUAUUAAAUAUAAUUUUAAAUUACUUUAAAGUCAGACAGAUCAGCAUGAUGGAGUUAAAGAAGUUCACACAUAGAAACUGAAGAUACAGAGUGUGAUACAUACAUGCAGCAUGUCAUUUUCAUUCUAUAAGCAUUUCUAAACAAACAAACAAAAAACAAAAAAACAAGUAAUCUUGAGAAA